AUGGAAAUUCACCAAGACGAUGCCUCAUGGAUGACACCCGUCAUCAACUUCCUCAAGGACAACACGUUACCACCCGACAAAAACGCCGCAGCCAAGGUUCGUAGGCAGGCCGCCCAUUAUUUUUUGGAAAACAAUUGCCUAUACAAAAAAAGCUUUGAUGCCCCAAUCCUCAAAUGCAUCGAUAAAGAGGAAGCGGACUACUGCAUGAGAGAGGUGCAUGAAGGAAUCUGCGGAGAUCACAUGGGGGGAAAGGCCUUGGCGCACAAAAUCCUCAGACAAGGAUACUUCUGGCCCACAAUGGCAGUUGAUUGUAAGAGUUUCGCCAAGAAAUGUGAAAACUGUCAACGCUUCGUGAACGUACCCCGCCAGCAACCGGCGAUGCCGUCGUCUAUCUUUUCUCCAAUCCCGUUCGCUCUGUGGGGAAUCGACAUCAUGGGGCCAUUCCCAAAGGCAAAGAGCGAGCUCCAAUACGUCAUGGUAGCCAUUGACUACAUGACCAAAUGGGCGGAGGCCAAAGCACUACGAAACAUCACUCAAGAGGAUGCCAUCAAGUUCGUCAAAGAGCACAUUGUUACCAGGUUCGGAGUGCCAAUAACCUUGGUGUCGGACAACGGAACUCAGUUCGUGGGGAAAAAAUUCACGAAAUAUUUAUCAGAUCUAGGAAUCAAGCACCGCAAAGCCUCAGUAUGCCAUCCACAGAGCAAUGGACAGGUCGAAGUGACGAACCGGAUCAUAGUACGCGGCUUAGAAAAAAGAUUGCAGGGAUUGAAGAAGAAAUGGCCCGAGGAGUUGUCUAGUGUUUUAUGGUCCUAUAGGACUACGGCAAGAACCAGCACGCAAGAAACCCCGUUCAAGCUUUCAUAUGGAACAGAGGCUCUACUGCCAGUUGAAGUGGGGUCUCUGAUAAGUGGUAUUUAUACACACUUAUAG